GUCGAAUCUCUUUACCGUUAAAUUCAAAUUUUCCAUCAACAACCCUUUAAGCCAUUGCUCAGCUAAACAGUUCCCAUCUCUGUAAAACAACAACGAAAACUGAGCUAGAAGAGAGAAGGAGGGAUGUCCUUACCAGCUACAAGGAAGUCCAAAUGGCAUUUAGCCCCGCCACCGCCACCCACUCCUAGAAUACUCAACUUACCCAGACGGUUUCGCCGGAGAAGAACCUGCAGAACCGCCGCCGCCGCCUCAUCCUCUUCUUAUGGAGGGAGACCGGUCAUUGUAUCCGGAAGGGACCCGGAUGUAAAGCUCGAACCUUUGUUAGACAGAGAGCGGAAAUUUGCUGAAAAUUCCAUCCCCGUCGUGGCCGAGGAGAGAGAGAUUAAUGGAGGAGGUGGGUUUGUGGAGGAGAAAUGGAAGUUUCAGGCGGAGAUUCUUAGAGCGGAGUGUAAUUUUUUGAGGAUGGAGAGGGAAAUUGCAUUGAAGAAACUGGAAAGGAAUCGAACCCAGAUGGAAAUUACAUUAAGAUCGGCGGUUGAGAGUCUGGUUUCGGGAAGAAAAAAGAUCUAUGAAGGAAAGAGUAGCUUAAAUGAAGUAUUAGAAGAAGAGAUUGAAUAUCUUGAAGAGAUGCUUGGGCAGCUGCUGCAGACUGGUUCUUAUGCCGCUGCCAAUGAUCUCAAGGUCAAGAAAUGCAUUAACUUUGACAAGAAGGCUGUGCUUCUACGGCGGAGGCUGGAGAGUCUAGGCGGCUGCUUAUUACCAGAUGAGAAACGGUCGGCCGUCAAGGAAAAUGAAUCAGCAUCAGCAUCAGCAUCAGCAGCCUCUGAUGAAAAGUCAAUUAGGAGUGUUUCGGAGGAGGAAGAGAAGAAGAAGAUGAGUUGCUCUUCUGGGCGAUGCAAGUCUAUAGUGAAGAGAAUCGUGGAGCAAGUACGAGCGGAGACAGAUCAAUGGUCGCAGAUGCAGGAGAUGGUUGGAAGGGUGAGAGAUGAGAUGGAAGAGCUUCAACUGUGUCGUGAAUUCUGGGAAGAUCGUGCCCUUGAUUCUGAAUUCGAAACCCGAUCAUUAAGAAACAUGGUGGAAGAAUGGAGGCAAAAAGCUAUGAGCUUUGAGGAGAAAGCAAGAGAUCUUGAAACAGAGGCGUCAUUACUGAGAGAGAAGCUGAAGAAUAAGGAGGAAGAGAAUCACCGGCCGCGGGUUAGCGGCAAGAGAUCAGUGGUUGUGGCUCCUAGAUUGGCGUUUCGCGAUAUUGGGAAUUCUUUAUCACUAAAGGAGGUGAAUCAGAUCAAGAGUAGUAGCAGAUCUGGCCGGGAUGAUACUUCCUUUGGAUUUUCAUCAUAAUUGAUUGCCCAACACCACCAACAGACAAGACUCAUGAAUUCUAAUAGUCUUGUAGUUUUUUUGAA